CUUUUGAUUCUUUAGCCUAUGUUCAUAAAAUAGUUGUCGACUGUUUCAAAACAAUAAUUAUUGCCUUUUGUUUUAAUCGAACAUUCAGUUUUAAUAGUGUGCAAAAUGGAGAGGGAUAUAUUAUUGAACAGAUCGACUGAAGCCGACAACAUGGCGCACAAAGAGAAAUACGAGAUGAAUUUUCCAACCAAGGAAGCUAACGGACAUGAAGUCGAACCUUUCACAUGUCCAAUGACGAAGUUUCAAAUUCUUAAAAAUUUGUUCGUCAUCAGUUUUGGAUUUGUGUUCUUGUUCAUAGCUUAUCAAUCUAUGGCUAAUCUCCAGAGUAGUUUAAACAAAGAAGAAGGAGUCGGCACCGCUAGUUUAUCUACUCUUUAUGGAGCUCUUUUAGUGUCUUGUAUGUUCGUGCCACCGAUAUUAAUAGCUCAUCUAGGAUGUAAAUGGACCAUGCCUCUAUCUAUGUGUGGGUAUGUCUUCUAUAUGGGCGCUAACGUAUAUGCCGUAUGGGAGACCAUGCUUCCUGCAGCAAUUAUCCUGGGUUUAGGCGCCGCCCCUCUUUGGUCCGCCAAGUGUGCCUAUCUAACAGAAACUGGUGUUUGGUAUGCUAAAUUAACCGGUCAGUCUGAGGAUGCCACUAUUAAUCGCUUCUUUGGAAUAUUCUUUAUGAUCUUCCAGUCAAGCCAGAUAUGGGGAAAUCUAAUAUCAUCAACGGUAUUUAGUAUUACACCAGAAAAUGGAACAACUUUAAAUGUUACAAAUGAUCUUAAUAAAUGUGGUGCCAAUUUUGAUCCCACAGACCCCCCGACAAACAAUACCAAUCUGAAGAAACCAGAACAAGAUCAGGUUUAUUUAUUAUGUGGUAUUUAUAUUGGUUGUGCUGUAGUGGCUGUUAUUAUCAUAUCUGUUUUAUUGGAUAAAAUCAUCCUUGAAAAAAAUGAGAGAAGACAAGGUCAACAGUCUCCAAAACUUUUGAUUGCUACCUUUAAACAUCUGAUAUCAUCACCAGCACAACUUUUACUUAUACCUUUAACUAUCUACUCAGGUGUUGAACAGGCUUUUAUAGCAGGGGAUUAUACAAGGUCGUAUAUUACGUGUUCAUUAGGGAUAUGGAAUGUAGGCUAUGUAAUGAUCUGCUAUGGUGUUGUUGAUGCUAUUUGUUCGUUUGCCUUUGGAAGAAUGGUACAAUAUGUUGGUCACAUUCUCUUCUUUAUAUUAGCCUUUAUUGUUCAUGGCGGUGUACAAAUAACACUCUUAUUCUGGAGACCAGAUCCAGAUGCAAUAGUUAUAUUCUAUGUACUGGCAGCUUUGUGGGGAAUGGGGGAUGCUGUCAUUCAAACACAAAUAAAUGCUUUCUAUGGAUUUUUAUUCAAAAAGAAUGCAGAGCCAGCCUUUGCUAAUUACUGUUUAUGGGAAUCGAUUGGUUAUAUUUUCGCCUACGCCUACAACGACUUCAUCGUCACCAACGUUAAACUAUACGUUUGUAUGGUUUUCCUGGUGGUCGGAAUGGCUGGUUAUGGUACUGUUGAGAUUAUGCAACGCACAAAAGCUUCCCAAUCUGCUGACAUCACAAAAUACGAGAAUGACGAAUAGUACGAAUCGAGUGGGGGCGAGGGGAGAUUAAAAAAAUCAAACAGCUAAAGUCCCUUUAACAAAUUUAACAAAAAAAGGUUUAAGGGGCAUAUUAAAGGCAGUAACGAGUCUAGUCUAGAUUCCCAAUCAGAUUAAGGCAGAAAUGAGUCUAAUUCUCCAGUCAAUUUAAGGGGCGUAUUAAUGGCAGCAGCGAAAUUAUUGAGUAAGAUGUAUUAAUGAGAGCAAUGGGUCUAAUUUCCUAGAAUAAAUUGCAACAGAAGGUUUCGU